GGCAUUUCGGCUCUCCCGUUGGUCCUUGAAAUCCAGGAGGAGCAGCCCGGCAGCAUCCCUGGUACCAAAGCACGGUAGCUGUUCAAGCAGAUACGUUGGGUUUGCGUGGCUUGGCUGCGUUGCGGCGCCCGUGCAGCCUACCCAUGAGCUCAGACUUCCAGCAUUACAGUUUCAGGAUGCCGAACAUCGGGUUCCAGAACCUUCCUCUCAACAUAUACAUCGUGGUUUUCGGCACAGCCAUCUUCGUCUUCAUCCUCAGCUUGCUCUUCUGUUGCUACUUGAUCAGGCUCAGGCAUCAGGCACACAAGGAGCUUUACGCCUACAAACAGGUCAUACUCAAGGAGAAGGUGAAGGAGCUGAACCUCCAUGAGAUCUGUGCCGUGUGCCUGGAGGAGUUCAAGCCCAAGGACGAGCUGGGGAUCUGUCCCUGCAAACAUGCCUUCCACAGGAAGUGCCUCAUCAAGUGGCUGGAGGUGCGGAAGGUGUGUCCCCUGUGUAACAUGCCGGUGCUGCAGCUGGCGCAGCUGCACGGGAAGCCGGACCCGGGCCCGCCGCAGGGGCCGCUGCCCGGCUCGCAGAACAUCGUGUAGAGCCUCAUCUCUCCCGGGCCGGGCCCGGCCGCGCCCGCCCGCGGCGCUCGGACACAACCAAAGCACUUGGGCCGCAGCUGAGCGGCCCCGAAUCCCGCCGGGAUGAAGCCUGGGCUCGGAUCCUCCGCCAGGGCCACGAGGGGACUCGGCGUCCUCGGCGUCCUCGGCACGACAUCCUUCUUCCAGCACCUCCCUUCUGCAGCCCCGCGGCCGCCGGGAAGCGAGGGUGGCACCCGGCGAGCUCCGGGAGCGGCGCCCCGGCCCCGAGCUCCGGCUGCUGCUGCUGCCCCCGACCGGGGCGGGCCCCGAGCGUCGCGGCCGGUUCUGCUCCCUCCUCUUCGCCUUCGGUUCCUUUGCGGCUCCCAGCAGGAAAGGGGGGCUCGCCCCUGAGGUUGGGUGUCCCGGUGGCUGUGCGGGGUGUCCCGGGCCUGAGGGUGGCUGUCCCUCCUGCUCGGCUGCCUCAGGGGCCUGGAGCUCCUGGACGGGGGCACCAUCCUGGCCUCAGCAGCAGCGGCGAUCCCGGCCGAUCCUUCGGGAUCAUCCUGGCGCUUCCAGCCGGGCUCUGUGGGCAGCAGCUCCCCUUGCCAAAACACCCGAACCCCCAUCAGCGCCUCCGAGCACGGCUUCGGGUGUCCCCUGUGUCCCCUGCUGUCCUCAGCGGGCGCAUUCCCGGGAUCGGGCAGGGAGGGGGUGUCAGUAUUCCCGGGGCAGGGCUGGGGGGGCUCCUGGUGCCGUCCCCCCUCCCAAAAAAACCCGGGACUGUUUAUGGAGCGUGGAGCCUCAUAGACGUGUUUGUACACUACAAAUUCUGCAGCAGAAUAUUUUUUAAAACAUUCGCUGUUUUGGGGGGU